AUGGACGAAUCUGCCGAGCAGCAAUUGAACCAAGCAUUACUGGAGAAACUGGAGCCACUCAUCAACACAAUCGAGAGCCAGCUUAGGGACCUAGUACAGGGUCAGGCCAUACUCCAAAGUAAUGUCGUGGAGAUCUCUUCAGAGCUGAAUUUAACACAAGAAGAGCUGGAAAGGGCGUACGACACCGCUACCGCAUUAUAUUGCCAAACUGGUUGCCAUGAAAAACACCAUCGCCUCCACAACGGCGUUGUCCAGGAAGCUCAAGCGUCGAGCAGAUCAAGUGGCCAUAGGACGGGAGAAGCAGGCGGCGAAAGUGCUGGCCACCAGGGCCAAGGAACAGGCUUAUGA